AAAAUGGAUGGAAGCAAUCAAACAGUUGUGUCUGAAUUUAUGCUCCAGGGACUUGCCAACUCAAAGAAUAUUCAGGUCUUACUCUUUGUGAUAUUGUUGAUGCUUUAUAUUCUCAUCAUGUGUGGAAAUAUUGUCAUCAUAAUCUUAAUAACUACUGACCCCCAUCUGCAUUCCCCCAUGUACUUCUUGUUGGCCAACCUGUCCUUUGUUGAUAUGUGGCUCUCCUCAAACACCACUCCUAAGAUGAUCAUAGAUUUUCUCAGGGAAAACAAGACUAUUUCCUUUGCAGGAUGCAUGUUUCAGGUCUUUUUUACCCAUUGCAUUCCAUCAGGAGAGAUGGUGCUGUUGGUGGUAAUGGCUUAUGAUCGCUAUGUGGCCAUCUGCAAACCUCUCCACUACUUCACCAUCAUGAACCUGAAGAGAUGCACUGGGUUGGUGUUGACUUGCUGGACAAUUGGUUUUACACAUGGUAUAAGUCACUUGGUAGUGAUUGUGCAGCUACCUUUUUGUGGUCCCAAGGAAAUAGACAGUUUCUUUUGUGACCCGCCACUCCUAAUCAAGCUAGCCUGCAUGGAUUCCCAUGCUCUAAAUACUUUAAUGAAUACUGAAUGUGGGAUUGUGGCUAUAACCUGCUUUAUACUGUUGCUGAUUUCCUACACAUAUAUCCUUAUCACUCUUCACCAGACCUCGAAAGCUGGAACUUCUAAGGCCCUGUCAACAUGCACUGCACACAUUACAGUAGUAAUGAUCUUCUUCUUGCCCUGCAUCUUCAUCUAUGUGUGGCCCCUCAAUAUCACCUGGUUGGACAAAUGUCUUGCUCUAUUUUAUUCUGUUUUUACACCUCUCCUAAACCCAGCUAUUUAUACACUGAGAAAUAAAGAGAUGAAAAAUGCUAUGGAAAGAUUCAUUAGCAAAUAUCUGUGUCGCAAAGAAAAAUCCUAA